AUGGAGUACGAAGAUGUAUUGACGAAUCAGCCCGUCGUCAUUGACAACGGCUCGGGAGUCAUUAAGGCUGGCUUUGCUGGAGAUGACCAGCCCAAGUGCUUCUUCCCCUCCUUUGUCGGACGCCCAAAGCACGUCAGGAUUAUGGCAGGAGCAGUCGAAGGCGACGUAUUCAUUGGCAGGAAGGCUCAGGAACUUCGCGGUCUCUUGAAAAUCAAGUACCCUAUCGAACACGGCAUUGUGCAGGACUGGGACGAUAUGGAGCGUAUCUGGCAAUAUAUCUACUCUGACGAGCUCAAGACUUUGUCCGAGGAGCAUCCCGUUUUGUUGACCGAGGCGCCCUUGAACCCCAUGAAGAACCGCGAGAUGGCUGCCCAGAUCUUUUUUGAGACCUUCAAUGUCCCUGCCUUGUUCACCUCCAUACAGGCAGUUUUGAGUUUGUACUCGUCUGGAAGAACCACCGGUGUGGUUCUCGACUCAGGAGACGGUGUUACUCACUCUGUCCCUGUUUACGAAGGUUUCGCUAUACCCCAUGCUAUCCAGCGCGUCGAUAUCGCCGGUCGGGAUGUCACGGAACACUUGCAAUUGCUCCUCCGCAAGGCGGGAUACCACUUCCACACUACUGCUGAAAAGGAGGUUGUCCGCAUUAUCAAGGAGAAGACCUGUUAUUUGCCAUUGUUCCCGGCAAAGGAGGAGAAGGAUGCUGGUGGCAAGUACGAGGACUUUAUGUUGCCUGAUGGCAAUGUGAUCAAGCUGGGCGCGGAGAGAUUCAGGGCUCCAGAGAUCAUGUUCAAUCCCGAAAUCAUUGGACAAGAGUUCCCUGGUAUUCACCAGGUUGUUGUCGACUCCAUCAGCCGCUCGGACAUGGAUCUUCGCAAGUCACUGUACUCGAAUAUUGUUCUUUCUGGAGGAUCGACUCUUUGUAAGGGCUUUGGGGACCGCCUUUUGUUGGAGGUGAAGAAGUUGGCAUUGAAGGACAUCAAGAUCAAGAUUUCUGCGCCUCCAGAGCGUAAAUACAGCACCUGGAUCGGAGGCUCUAUUCUUGCCUCUUUGAGCACGUUCAAGAAGAUGUGGGUGUCGGCAGAGGAAUACCAGGAAGAUCCUUACAGGUGUUUCUCCUCAAUGUGGUAG